CGUUUCCUCUGUGCUUACCAAACCCCAAAAGGAUAAAGACACCAGUUGCAAGUUCAAUAAUGAAAUGAUAGAAAGAGAGAAAGCCUGACAGUUUAAUAUAAAAGGGCUCCUUCGACUUGGUGGUGAUUGCUUUCAGUUCCACACUGUUGUUGGCGAUUGAAAAAUUAUGAAGGCGAUGUCGUCCAAGGCCGUGGUUCUGAGGUUCAAUCUGGUCUUCAUCGCACUGUUCCUCAUCUUCUACACCGGCCUUCUGCUCACUCCAUCCAUCGACCCUCAGGGUCGGCAGAUGAUGGUCAGAUCAUGUCCAUCUGAUGGUUGUCAAAUGACCAAGGUGAUUGGAAAUAACACUAGAGUGAAGCAAUCCAAGUAUGAAGGCAACAGAAAGCUCGAAGCCUACAGCAAUGAAGGUGAAGGGAUGAUGGUGAAGGUGAAGCCUGCAAUAAAUAUUUCCGCAGUGAGGAAAUCCAACGUCCCCAGAGAAGAAAGGGUGGCGAAAGAAAAUCGAGGGGCCAGCAUCGCGCCAGUGAGGGAAGUAGUGAAAGUGAAGCAAAGAAUUUUGGGCGUUGCUCCGGGGAAAGGUCUUGUGGAUGUGAAGCCAGGAACGAAGAUCGCGCUCGUGAAUUUGAAAGACACCGAGGUGCAACAAUGGAAGAAUGCAGGUGAGGCAACCGUGAUCGGAUUCGACAAGGUGUCGGAGCUGUUCCGGUGGGAUCACCUAUUCCCCGAGUGGAUCGACGAGGAGGAAGUGAACAAGGAGCCGUCGUGCCCGGAAAUUCCGAUGCCGGAUUUCGGGAGCUACGGCCGGGAUUUCGAGUUGGUGGUCGUCAGACUGCCGUGUAAGUUCCCGGAAAAGGGGUGGAAGAGGGAUGUGCACAGGCUGCAGGUUCACCUCAUCACUGCCAACUUGGGAGUGAGGAAUGGGAAGGAAGGGCUGUCGAAGCUAAGGUUCCUGUUCUUGGGCUCCUGCAUGCCGAUGGUGGAGAUGUUCAGGUGCGAGGAGUUAGUGAGGCGUGAGGGCGAUGCAUGGCUCUAUGACUCAGACUUGCUCAGACUUGAAGAGAAGGUUUCCCUGCCAAUUGGCUCCUGCAAAUUAUCACUGCCACUGUGGAAAGAAGGAACCAAUGAGAUUGCUGAUUUGUGGAAGAGGGGGACUGCCUGGGCCAAUGAAGGUCGGACCAGAUGGCGGCACCAGUGGCGGCCGCCGCAGCAUCCGAGACGGGAGGCGUACGUAACGGUUCUCCAUUCAUCGGAGUUGUAUGCAUGCGGUGCGAUCACCCUGGCUCAGACCCUCCUCCAAACAAACACAACCCGGGACCUGGUCAUCCUAGUGGACAGAUCCAUUAGCCCUCAGACCCGUCUUUCUCUCCAGUCAGCCGGGUGGAAGGUCCGGGAGAUAACCCGGAUCCGAAACCCGUUUGCCAAGAAGAACAGCUACAAUGAGUACAACUACAGCAAGCUCAGGCUCUGGCAACUGACCCGGUAUGACCGGGUCGUGUUCAUCGACUCGGACAUACUUGUCCUCCGGAACUUGGACGUCCUUUUCGACUUCCCCCAGCUGUCGGCGACCGGCAACGACGGCGUGAUCUUCAAUUCCGGCGUCAUGGUGAUCGAGCCGUCCAAGUGUAUGUUCAAGAACUUGAUGAGGGAGACCAAGAGGGUAGUGUCCUACAAUGGAGGGGACCAAGGGUUCCUCAAUGAGGUCUUCAUUUGGUGGCACAGGCUGCCUAGGAGGGUCAACUACUUGAAGAACAAAUGGUCAACCAGCACCAUGGAAGGGAAGAUCAAGGACCAACUAUUUGGGUCAGACCCACCUAAGCUCUAUGGGGUGCACUACCUUGGGAUGAAGCCAUGGCUCUGUUACAGGGAUUAUGACUGCAAUUGGGACAUGAAAGGCCAAGAAAUAUUCGCGAGCGACGUGGCGCACCGGCGUUGGUGGAUGGUGCAUGACAAAAUGGCACCUGACCUACAGAAGUUGUGUCUGCUAACACCAAGAAGGAAGUUUGAGUUGCAAUGGGACAGGAAACUGGCCAAGAAGGCUAGGUUUGGUGAUGGGCAUUGGAGGAUCAAUAUCACAGACCCUAGGCAGUCCUUGUGAUAAGUUAACAACUGCGCCAUUUUGGCUUUCUUCUUUGUCAUCAUAUUCUUUUGCUGGUUAGGCUGACCAGGGAUGGUGUAGUUGGAGUAUUAGACAUUUGUUCUUUUUGUGAGGGAAUAAGUUUUUUGGAGAUUCUUUUCAAAUUUCUCAGACUAUCAAUGUGCAGAUGUUUGAUGAUAAGUUAUAUAUAGUGUAUUUUUGCUGGUCAU